ACCGUCCCACCAUCGUUUUGGUACAACUACCUCCUCUGCGCUCCAGUGGAGUGGCUCCCCCUUUCAAAACGCCACAGCCCACUGGCCACUACUCUCUUCUCCCGUCGCUAACCUCUUAAACCCUUUCCAUUUGAUUCUUCGAUUCCCAUGGCGACUCACAAACUCGCCGUGAUCAUAAAAAAGCCAUCCAACGACAGCGAAUUCCUUCUCGUGAAGCAAACGCCGCCGCCGAAGUUCGGCGACGAAGAGUACGAUUCUUACGUCGAUUCCGACCUCUGGGACUUGCCUUCGACGCAAUUGGGCUCGCUAGAAGGAGAAUCGCAGACGAGAAUCGUCGUGGAAGUCAACGAAUCGUGUUUGAACAAGCUGGACUUGGCGAAAUUCGACCUCAGCUUGGCUCUCAACCAGCUUUUGCAACAAGUGGGUUUUGGGACAGCCAACAGGGUGCAGUGGAAGCUCUUGAAGUGUGUGGAGGAACCGGAAUUUGGACCAGGAUUGCCCGUUCAAACAGUUUAUAUAACUGGAAAAUUGGGACCAGAAAAUGGAGAUUUACAAGGGCUAUGUAAGUGGAUGUCCCUCCAAAGUUGCCUGAAUUGUCUUCUUGAAGUGAAACCAAGUAGUGAUCGGGUAGGAUCUUUGGUUGUUGUUGGUCUCAUAAAUGACGCAAUUCAAUCUACUCAUACAAAAAUCCCUCCGACCUUGAAUUUCCAGGAAUACCCUCCUGGUGUGAAACUAGUUCCUAUGGGAAGCAGAACAGCAAAACCUUUCCAUACUACAAAUUUGGUCAUAUUUUCACCUGAGGGUGUUUUCGAUCGCUCGACUGAGAGGAAGUUUCCUUUUUAUGGAGAUGCAUUGAUUGUGGAUCCGGGAUGCCGGUUUGAAUCCCAUGAUGAGCUCAAGGAAGUAAUUGCUGCUUUGCCCAGAAAGUUAGUGGUCUUCGUUACCCACCACCACUAUGAUCACGUUGACGGUCUUUCGGUCGUCCAGAAAAGCAAUCCUGAUGCUAUACUUUUGGCCCAUGAGAAUACCAUAGGACGCAUUCAAAAAGAUCAUUGGUCUCUUGCCCGUGCCGCAGUUUCAGGAGGUGAAGAGAUUUGCGUUGGUGGUCAGCUAUUAAAAGUUAUUUUUGCUCCGGGGCAUACAGAUGGCCACAUGGCAUUACUUCAUGUCAGUACUCACUCAUUGAUUGUAGGUGACCAUUGCGUAGGCCAAGGAAGUGCCGUUUUGGAUAUUACAUCUGGUGGAAAUAUGCAUGAGUACUUUCAAACAACUUACAAAUUUUUGGAGAUUUCUCCGCAUGUAUUAAUCCCCAUGCAUGGGAGACUCAACCUUUGGCCAAAACACAUGCUUUGUGCCUAUCUCAAAAAUCGCAGAGGUAGAGAAUCUACGAUAUUGAAGGCCAUUGAAAAUGGAGCACAGACAUUGUUCGAUAUUGUUUCAUAUACAUAUGCUAACGUUGAUCGUGGUCUCUGGAUUCCUGCUGCAUCAAAUGUGAGGCUUCAUGUGGAUCAUCUGGCCAAACAAGAUAAGUUGCCAAAGGACUUUUCUGUUUCGAAGUUCCAGACAACUUGUGGACUGCGUUUCUUCUCACAAUGGAUGUUGGCGUACCUUAGUAGCCGUUUCCAAUUGAAGAAUCCAAAGCUGAGAACUCCAGUAAUGGUUGGUGCGGUGGUAGUGGGUGGCCUAGCUGUAGCAUACUCUGUUAAAUACAAAAUUCUGUCUAAAUAAAAGCAAGAGAAGCUUCAAACUCAUCGAUGAUGAUGGAGGUAAAUAAGAAGCUAAUUAUUGCUAGCAUUGCUACCAAAUUAAGAAAUUCCCUAUCCUUCCUUUCUUUUGGGAAAUGUGAAACAGCCAGAAAGACGGUAGGGAAAAUGGCUGUAUGUUGUUAUAUCAGGAACCUGUUGUUGUAAUGUCACAUCUUGUAGUUGUGUUAAAAACUAGCAAGGAAAUACUCUGUUGAAGAUAUUAAAGAUCAAAUGAGAUGUUAACUCGCUUUCAGGCUAAUUAAUGAGUUAUGUCAUGUUUCAGUGGUACAAAAAUGUAUACUGUUGAGAUACUCAAAUUAGGAGAGUAUGUAAAGUAUUACAGACUGUCUUAUACAACCCAUGGUUCGAUCA